AUGAAUUUCUACAACUCUGAGGAAAGUCAGGAGAAGUAUGUGAGGCUGGGGGAGGACUCGUAUGAGGACAUGAGGUGUAUGAUAGUAGUGGCAGAUGGGUUUAAGGUGGGGGUGGGAUUAUGUCAGGGAGCUGCUCUGAGCUCCUUUUUAUUUGCAGUGGUGAUGGACGGCCUGACAGAUGAGGUCAGGCAGGACUCUCUGUGGAUGAUGAUGUUUGCAGAUGACACUGUGAUUUGUAGUGAGAGUAGGGAGCAGGUGGAGAGUGACCAUGGACCCGAGGAACAGCCCAUCCUAAAUUCAGCAGAGGCCACGCCCAUCAUGGAUGAACUGGAUGUCGGGGAAGAUGGCAGGAAAGAAACACUGCUGCACCGACCUGGCUUCCCUGAGGCAGACGCAGCUCUGUUAUACCCCCCUCCUCUGUCCCCGGACCCAAUCAGCCCGCUGACUCACCUGGGGACGCUGCCGUCCGGACACGAUGCAGCACGGACGGGUGGAUGGGACAGGAGACUGAACUCAGGGUUUCAAGGCUGCCAGUUACUGGGAGCAUCAGCAGAACUAGGACGAGAAGCCCAUGCAGACCAGAGUGUCACCAUCCUGCACGCCAAGGUCGCUCAGAAGUCCUACGGAAAUGAGAAAAGGUUCUUCUGUCCUCCUCCUUGUGUUUACAUCACUGGCCAUGGAUGGAAAGUCAUGCAGGACCAUUUAAAAGCAGCCGGUUAUGGCGACUCUGUGAAUCGAGUGUGUGGUUACAUGUGCCUGGACAGCUCCAGUCAGUCACAGGCAGACGCAUUCAAACUGGUGUUCGAUGAACAGCCGAACUCCAGGAUGUUCGCCUGCGCCAAGUCGCUGUUCAUCUCUGAUCAGGACAAGAGGAAGCAUUUCUGCUUGCUGCUGCGCCUCUUCUUGGGCAACAGACAGGAAGUGGGUUCUUUCCAGAGCCGGAUGAUCAAAGUCAUCUCCAAACCCUCCCAGAAGAGACAGUCCAUGAAGAAUGCUGAUCUGUGUAUCUCAUCCUGCUCCAGGGUGGCUUUGUUUAACCGUUUACGCUCUCAGACCGUCAGCACUCGUUACCUCUCGGUGGACAGAGGCGCUUUUAUAGCGAGCGCCAGACACUGGACGGCCUUCACCAUCACCAUGGUGGAUGACCAGUGUGCUGACCAAGGGGGUUUUGUGCUGAGCGAAGGCUUCAUCUGUUACGGCUGUGUGGUCCAGUUAGUGUGCACCGAGUCUGGAGCAGCUCUGCCACCCAUGGUGAUCCGAAAGGUCAACAAGCAGCACGCCAUCUUAGACGUGGACGAGCCCGUUUCUCAGCUCCACAAGUGCGCCUUUCAGUUCAGAGACAACCCUCAUGCCUAUCUGUGUCUAACCAACGACGCCAUCAUACAGUACCAGGCCCCGUUCAGCGUCAGAGAUCCCAGCAAAGUGGUGCUGAAUGACGGGUCCUGUUGGACCAUCAUCGGGGUGGAAGUCGUAGAGUUCACCUUCAAUCAGGGACUGGCUUGUAUCAUGACACCAGUUAGCCCGUUUCCUGUUGUCACUGGGUUAGAGGUGAACGGUGGCGGGCACGUCGCCAUGCUGGAAAUUCACGGAGAAAACUUCACUCCUCAUCUCAAAGUCUGGUUUGGCAACGGCGAAGCAGAGACCAUGUACAAGUCUCCCAAAUCUCUGCUCUGCGUCGUUCCUGAUGUUUCGGUUUUCAGCGACGGCUGGCGCUGUCUGCGGCGCGUCAUCACCGUCCCUCUGUCUCUCGUCCGACUGGAUGGGCUGAUUUAUCGCACCUCCUACAGUUUCACCUACACGCCUGAGCUCCAGCCGCCCCCGUCGGCCCGAAUGACAGCCGGAGGAGGGAAGAGAGAAGGAGGGAUGGGUGGAGGGCAAGACAAUGACAUCCUGUUGGAGACCAUCCAUCAGGAGUUCACCAGAGCCAAUUUUCACCUCUUCAUGCAGACUUAGUUUGUUUGUUUACAGGAAUCGCAGAAAACAUAAAGUGUACAAAUAGCUGAACUGGAGACAGGUGUGACAUCAUAAUUACCUUCCUUCCAUCUGCUCUGCACAUUAAAAUUAAAGCGUUUUCUUCAAGCUCAGUAAGAAAGCAAAAUCUUAUGUUUACAUGGGUACGAGUGCACGCAAAUGAAAACAGGUUCCUCGGUCACGUUAGUGAAACUAACAUGACACUUUUCAUAUCUGUGAUUUCUAAUCGAGGCUUCAGCAAAAAGCUCUUUGACAGAAAUUGUAUAUUUUAAAAGCCUUUAAUAACUUUAGACAAGUGUUAACAGGAAACAGGAGAUUAAAUGGAAAAAAAGAAUGGCUGACGCCCCCUGAUGUCACUGAUGUCUCUCUGUUGAAGCUUCGACCUCAGCCUCACUAUUAUUUUGGAGCCAGAUGUGAUCACAUCUGUUAAUCUGCUUACCUGCUAAUUAGUGACAGACUAAUAAAAAAAGACUUUUCAACACCAAAACUUAAGCACAGACUUGUUGGAUGUACAGCUGUGGUUAUCUCAGUCAAUCAGCAGUUUGAUGAAAACACACUGGCAGGAAGAAGUCUUGGCAUUAAUAAAAAUAAAUCACUACAUCCUUGCA